AUAUUUGUAUUUAAAUGUUUGAAAACAUUUGAAAUAUUAGCUAAACUUUCGUCAAACAUAUGACUGAUAUUUACCAUCAUUUCAGUGAUAAUCAUAUGAUAUGUUGAGGACAUCACAUCAUAUUAUGAAAUGUCUUAAACAUGUAACACAUCCAUCAGUUUAUAGAUUGUGUUCAAAAGGUAAUGCUAUCGGUUAUAAUGAAGUGGUUUUCACAAAACAUACAUUUGAUGUCAUGUUGUCGUCAUUAUCAUCAAAGACAUCAUAUGUCAGACGUAUGAGUUCAUCGACACAACCAUUAGAUAACUUGAUGUAUGAACGCAUUGCCGACCAGACAUUGGAUCACUUAACUGAAGAAUUAGAAUUAUUACUUGAGACCAACGAUGUCGUCAAUGAUUACGAUAUAUCACUCAACAAUGGUGUCCUUACUGUGAAUCUCGGCUCUCAUGGCGUGUAUGUCAUUAACAAACAGACACCUAAUAAGCAAAUAUGGUUUUCAUCACCUUUUAGUGGACCCAAACGUUACGAUUGGAUCAAUAAUGAUUGGAUCUACAAGAAAGACGGCAUUUCAUUGUUAAGUAUAUUAACGUCGGAAUUAUCUGUGAUUUUGAAGCGAAAAAUUAAGUUAAAGCCAUUCAGUGAUUAAAAUAUUUACCGGUAAUUUAAGUACCGUAUCGU